GCCUUUUCCCCUAACCAACCCUAUCUAUCUUCCUUUGCAGUUCACUUCACUUUUCGCCUCCAAUGAGUAGCGGAACCCUAGCUCUCGCCCAUUCCCCAUUUCGUUCCCGCUCUCUCCUCCUCCUCCUCCUCCCAGGAAACCCUAGUCCUCGAUCUUUUGCCCCAAAUGGCUUUUCCCUCCAGCGGAUUCGGCUGUUCAGAAGCUACUGCUCGUCGCCGACGCACUCUCUGGAUCUUCCGCUUCUUCCCUUUGAAUUGGGCGAGGUUCUAAUACCAUCUGAGUGCAAGACUUUGCAUUUAUACGAAGCAAGGUUUCUGGCAUUACUAGAGGAGUCAUUGUUGAGAAGAAAGAAGACUUUUGUGCACUUUGUGCUUGAUCCAGUUCGCAUGAGCAGAUCUUCAAAUCGAGCAUCCUUCACUGCUAGUUAUGGUUGUUUGGUCCACAUAGAGAAUGUAGACAAGCUGGAGAUUGGAGCGCUGGUUUCCAUUAGAGGAAUGAGCCGGGUUAACAUUGUGAAACUUGUGCAUAUGGAACCAUACUUGCGGGGAACUGUUGUGCCAAUGCUGGACAAUACACCUUACCAAGAGAAUGAAUUAGACUUGAAACUUUCAGAGCUAAGGGACUUCAUGCGCAGUCUACACAGGUUGCAAAUGAAACUGAAACUGAAGGCACCUGAGGAGGAACUUCUGCAAACCCAUAUCAAGAGCUCUCUUAUAUGGGCUGAAAAUGCAAUUUAUGAAGAUUGCAACCAAGCUUUUAUACCAAAACUAGCCGAGCGUCUAUCCUUCGCAGCAUUCCAACCUGUUUCAGGGAUGUCGGAUUCGGAAUUCCUCGCCUUGCAAAGAGAGAAGUUACAAGCAAUGAAUUCAAGAGACACACUAGAAAGACUUCAUGGUGGAAUCGAGUAUGUUAAACAAAACAUUAACAUGGUUGCGGCAAGGCUUGCUAUUCAAUCUUUGGCAACUUGAAAAGGAUGAUGAUGCAAUCAAUACUUCUUAGGUGAAAUGUUGCGUGUAUUUUGUGCUUCGGGUGAGUCUGGCUUGAAGAUUCAUAAGCAGCAUAAUCUAGGCUUGCUUCCAUUUAGAGGUCAUUGUAUUAGAGAAAAAAAGAUGCAGUGAUACAGUAAAGCUAUAUUUGUCACAUUGUUGUACCUAACAUAUCAUUUAAAUUAAUAUAUUAGAAAAAUUAAUGAUUAA